AUGCAUAAGCGUUUUUUCAGAGUUCGAAAUCCACUUGGAGGAUCUCAGGCAUUAGGAACUCCACGUGCACGACAGCAAAGUCAGUUCAGACGUGCGAUGUCUACCGUGCACUUGGGUAUAUCGAAUACAUUGUCACGUUUGCACUCUCGAAGUAAUCUUCGUCCAAUUGAUGAAAGCUUUGAAAGGGCGUCACCAGACGGAAGAACGCAAACGGCCGGUUUCACCAUGCCGACUCGUGGUUUUCGACAGAUGCUUUCGGCUUCUACAUUCCUACCCUCACUUGGACGUCGUGAUUCCAUAUUCUCACAUUCUAUAAAGGAGUAG